CUCCGAGAUGUGAUCCACCCAGCUGUUCAGCGGUCGCUGUUCCGCCAGAGUUCUUUCAAACGUUAUUUAACAUUCGAAGCGCGCGGUCGGCUGUAGACUUACAGCGAAUUUCUUAUCUGCCUGCCGAACGUGUGUCUUGCCCGUAAUAGAUAAUACUUGUUAAAGUCAAGAAGAAAAGAAAAUAAAAUUAAAAUAUAUGACAAUGCGCGAUGUUUGCGAGAACACAGAUCUGUUAGCUUAUGUCAGGACAAUUACGGAACAUGACGGGAACAAUGUAACUGAUGGAAAGCCUCUUGAGGUCACUGGGUUCAAAUAUUACAACUUUGCUAUGUUUUACUUUGGCUUUUGUGCCUUAAUCUCGCACAUUUUGCUCGCGGGCAUCACAGCUGUCGUAGUACACAAAUGUGUGUCCCUCAAGAUGGUACACACUGCGGCACACGCCUUCUACUGUACAGUGGCUUUUGUUUUCUUCCUGGGUGAAGCUCUGCUUGUGCGUCAUAGUGGAAUUUUGCAACUGUGGCUGGGCAUAUUUAAAUUGGAUCUAUUGCACAGUGCUCUUGGCCUACUCGCCUUUGGCAUUGGUGUUGUCGGCGUUGGCAUCAAAACUUUGCAGAAGCGAGAGCGCAAGCGCGAAGAUCCAAGUGCUACAGUUAAGCACUUCCGCAGUAAUCACGGAUUCUUCGGCAUUGUCGGCUGUGUUCUGUUACUGUGCUGCGUUCUCAGCGGCCUGCCGUUAUAUCUCUACACAAUAAAAUCUCUACAGCUUGUUCAUCGCUUUUGCGCUCUCAGCAGUUUUGCAACACUAAUGAUUUCUCAGAUCUUUAGCUACAACACUGGCUUUGCUCGACGUCAAUGGAAAGCUUAUCAAGUCGGGAUCUUUAAAUUCUUUACGUUUAUUGCAUUGAUCACAACAAUGAACUACGAAUUUAGAAGAUUUGUGCGAGAAAUUGUAUCAUUAAUCAUAGUACAGAUCUGGCAUUAGUUUAUUGAUUAAAUACAUAUAUAUUUAUAUAAUUUUUUAUUUGUUGUUUGAUACACGAUACCAUUGGAAUAACAUAGUUUUGAUUACUUGCAACAUAUACAUUUACACAUAGAUUAUAUACUCAAGAAUCAUUCAUUUCGUAAAACAAAUGCAAACAUUUCACCGGAGAUAAACAAAAACUGACAACAUAUGCCCGAAGCUAAUAUAAAUUGUCAAAUAUAAAAUGAAUGAACUUAUAAAUAUGCAACAAAAA